ACAAAUUUAUGUUUUCAAUUUAUUAUGUAUAACUUAAGUUUAAUAUAAGAAAAUAUUUAUUUAUUUAUUUAAUUUUAUGUACAUAAGUGAAGAACUGAUCCAAACAUAAUGAUAUGUUGUUGGGUGGCGCCACCAAAAAUCCAAUUGAGCAGUGGUUCUGUUAUUUCCGUUUUUCUCUUAAUCUGUCACCUGUUCAGGGUGUGCUUCCAAGCUCAUACCUGAUUUCACAUUUCCAUGGCUUUCGCGAUGAGGGUCGUGCUUUUUCCUUCAACCCCAGACACGGGAAGAACGGAAAUAUCUAACUUUUUUGGAAGGUAGAAGAGAUAAGAAAGUAAUAAAAAAUAUAUAUUUCACAAUGAUUGGAUUAUCCUCCCCGUUGAGUUGCGGUGGAAUGAAAGACUCUAGCUUUGAUCUGGGAUUUUGGAGGAACAAUGGAAAUAAGGUUUUGUUGACAUACUAAUAAUUAGCAUUAAAAGAGUAGAAUUUAAUAGGUUGGUGAAGAAGCCAAUAUGGAGACACCAGGGGUGCCGGCAAUAAACACCUAUAAGAAAAAAAUGGUAAAACAAUUGACGGGAAAAAGGGACGAUACACCUUUGCAUUCUGCAGCAAGAUCAGGGAAUUUGGCUGUGCUGAAGGAUUCCAUUUGCGGAACUAAUGAGGUUGAAUUGCAUGAAUUAUUGGCCAAGCAGAAUCAAGAUGGAGAAACUCCCCUUUAUGUUGCUGCUGAAUAUGGUUACACUGAUGUAGUUAGGGAGAUCAUUCAGUAUUAUGAUCUUGCUGAUGCUGGAAUUAAAGCUAGAAAUGGUUUUGAUGCAUUGCAUAUUGCUGCCAAACAAGGGGAUUUAGAUGUAAUGAAGGUUCUGAUGGAAAGUCAUCCUGAGUUGUCAAUGACUGUGGAUCUAUCCAACACCACAGCUUUGCAUACAGCUGCAAUACAAGGGCACACUGAGAUAGUGAAGUUUCUAUUGGAAGCAGAAAGUAGUCUGGCAACCAUUGCUAGAAGUAAUGGGAAAACAGCUCUGCAUUCUGCUGCAAGAAAUGGACAUGUGGCUGUUGUGAAAGCACUUCUUGAGAAAGAGCCUGCGAUUGCCACCAGAAUCGAUAAGAAGGGCCAGACAGCACUUCACAUGGCAGUGAAGGGGCAGAAGCUUGAGGUGGUGGAAGAGUUGAUAAAAGCAGACCCUUCAUCAACGAACAUGGUUGACACUAAGGGAAACACAGCAUUGCAUAUAGCAACCAGGAAGGGCAGGAGUAAGAUUGUAAAGUUGCUUUUAGAACAGAAGGAAACGGUAACAAGUGCAGUGAAUAGGUCUGGGGAAACAGCAAUAGACACUGCGGAGAAAACGGGGAACAAUGAUGUGAAAGCCAUUCUUCUUGAACAUGGUGUUCAGAGUGCGAGGGCCAUAAAGCCCACUAAGGGCACAACGGCUACUACAGCCCGUGAGUUGAAACAGACGGUGAGUGACAUAAAACACGAGGUCCACCACCAGUUGGAACACACACGCCAAACCAGAAAACGCGUCCAGGGCAUUGCCAAACGUAUUAACAAAAUGCAUACGGAAGGACUCAACAAUGCAAUAAACUCCACAACCGUGGUGGCAGUCCUAAUUGCCACUGUGGCCUUUGCGGCUAUUUUCACAGUCCCUGGCCAAUUCGUCGAUAACCCACAUGACAUUCCUCCAGGGAUGUCCCUUGGGGAGGCAAACAUAGCUCCAGAACCUCCUUUCAUAAUUUUCUUUGUGUUUGAUUCCGUUGCACUGUUUAUCUCUUUGGCGGUGGUGGUGGUGCAGACCUCGGUUGUGGUUAUAGAAAGCAAAGCAAAGAAGCAGAUGAUGGCAGUGAUAAACAAGCUAAUGUGGAUUGCUUGUGUUCUCAUUUCGGUGGCGUUCUUGGCGCUGUCAUUUGUAGUGGUGGGGAAGGAAGAGAAGUGGCUGGCCAUAGGAGUGUCCAUUAUAGGAACAACCAUAAUGGCUACGACCUUGGGGACUAUGUGUUACUGGGUCGUUAGGCAUCGCAUCGAGGCCUCAAAUUUGAGGAGCAUUCGAAAAUCUUCAUUGCAAAGCAGGUCUAAUAAGUCUUUUUCAGUGUCAGCGUUCUCAGAUUCUGAGCUAUUAAACAGUGAGUAUUAUAAGAAAAUGUAUGCGAUUUAGAUAGAACCAACUUACUCAGUCUGUUCCCUAUUUAGCA